AUGAAGAAAUUAAAGCGUCUCUUUUCACCAAAUUCUACUUCACCGGCCACUGACUCUGAUAAUAAAGGUCAAAACCAUGAUAAUUCUUCAUUACCUGACGAAAUUAAUUCUUCAAAAGAUAAUCCUCCACUAUCUCCAACUACUCGUCAUAAUGAAGCUGAUGAAUUUAUUCAAAAAGCUAUACAAUAUCAUGAAGCUAAUGAAUUAGAAAAAGCUACUUAUUAUUUUAAAUUGGCUGCUGAAAAAGAUAGUCCUCUGGGUUUAUUUUUAUACGGUAUUGCCCUAAGACAUGGUUGGGGUUGUAAUCCAAAUCCAAAACUUGCCGUACGGUACUUACAAAAAGCCGCUGAAUCUGCUGUUACAGAUCUUCACACUUCAAUGUCAGCGAAUCCAAGUUUCGCUCGACAUGAAUUAGUAUUAGCAAUUUACGAGCUUGGUAUAUGUUUCCGUCAUGGUUGGGGUGUACCAAAAAAUAAACAAACUGCUGUUUAUUAUUUUGAAAUCUCUGCAAACCUUGGUGAUCCUGAUGCACAAAAUGAACUAGGAUCUUGCCUUGAACGUGGCGAAGGUGAUAUGAAAAAAGCUGCUAAAUAUUAUCGAAUGGCUGCCGCACAAGGUGCAGGAAUACUGGGAAAUUCAUGGAUAUAUAAGAAGAAAUAUGAUGAAGAUGAGUAA